AUGCCAUCAACCGACAUGAAAGCUUUCCAACGAGCCCUCUCAGAGUCAAAACAUAUCAUCGCUGUUGCUGGAGCUGGACUAUCUGCUGCCUCUGGUAUCCCAACCUUCAGAGGCGCUGGAGGCAUGUGGAGAAAAUUCGAUGCAACUAGUCUCGCAACACCUGGCGCUUUUAGACGUGACCCGUCGCGUGUAUGGCAGUUUUAUCAUUACAGACGAGAGAAAGCUCUUUUAGUGUCACCAAACGCUGCACACCACGCUCUCGUACAAUUGUCAAUUCCAAGUUUCCGGUAUAGUAUUACGCCCAAGUCGACUUUCACGUUAAUAACACAGAACGUUGAUGGACUGAGUGCUCGUGCUCUUGACACUAAACUGAAAAGCCUUCCAGAAUCCGAGAGGGAUCUAAUAACUGCACAACAACAGCCAGUACUCCUUGAAAUGCACGGCCGGCUUUACGACGUCGAGUGCACCUCAGAAGAUUGUGGACACAUUGAAUGGAAUGUCGCCUCUCCGAUUUGCCCUGCUCUUGCUGGGACAGAAACACUUGUAGAUGAAGGAGUCGUCGAACCGACCAUCCUUGAGGCAGAUCUCCCUCACUGUGCGAAGUGUGGUGCUCUAGCUCGACCAGGUGUUGUUUGGUUUGGGGAACGACCAGUACAUCUUGAUACCAUCGACGAGCUUGUUGAAGAAGCAGAUAUGUGCCUUGUCGUGGGGACGUCAUCAACAGUCUACCCUGCAGCUGCCUAUGCGGGUGAUGUGCAAAGACACGGAGGCAAGGUCGCCGUCUUCAAUAUUGACCGAAGUGACGGUGAUGGUGCAGCGGACUAUUUGUUCUUGGGUCCUUGCGAGGAAACUUUACCUCAGGCAUUAGGGCUUGACAAGGAAUCUUUGACGAAUGGCCAAUGA